AUGGGUGAUGUAAAUCGUGUUGCCCUGUUGUGGGAUCUCAACACUUGUCCACCGUUGAAUUCUGAGUUGCCAAAUCUAGUGACCAAUGUUAACGCUACUCUAGCAGCAGUGGGUUGUUGUCUCUCAAAUGUAAGGGUAAUUGUUGGUGACAAUAUAAAUCAGAAAUUUUCUAUAGCAGAAAAAACGCUCCUUGAAGGUCAAGGUUUCACGUUCGUUCAUACAUCCGAGAGAUUACCUGCCUGCGAAUACCAUAACGGUAACAAGCCCGUUUUACCUGCGCCGCAACUCGUUUUAGAAACGGAAUUGUUGAAACUUUCUGCCAACCAUCAAGAUCCUUUGCGGCCUCGGUCCAUAUUACUAAUUACAGGUGAUUAUGGUUUUUUCCGUUCAAUGAAUAAUUUCCGUACUCGAGGCUAUGCAAUAUAUUUAGCUGAAGCGGAAGACACAGAUCCUGCGUUGAGAACUACAGCAACACGAGCAUGGACUUGGAUUCGUAUUCAACGUGGACAGGCAUGA